UUUUUCGGUCCGAGGGAAAGGAGGAAGAAGGAGAUUGUGAUGGGGAAAGGGGUCUGUAAAACGUCAGGCACGGCACAAAGGCUUUGCCACGUAAUUACAGGCUCCUAUUAAGUGGAGAUCGGCCCUCCCAGGGGUCUCCAAUUUUCUUGUAUUCCCUACAAAGCCUCCUCCGCAUGCCAGUCUGUGCCUUUUGAAGUGCCAGAGAGCUUCUUGAUCCAACUGGGAAGGAAAACGGAGCGCGGCGAGAAGAGGGGCAAGAGCCUAGGAAAGGGGGCGCCCCCGCCACCCUGCUUCGGACUCUUGGAGCCCUACUUUUUUAUUUUUUAUUUAUUUAUUUUUUUACUCCUCCCGAAAGUAAAGUGAGAAUCCUGCUCUCUAAUACAUCUGCAAGACAUCACCCUCUCCUCCUGAAACCUUAGUCACUCCUGAGACUCCACAGGAGUGCUGAGAGGGGGAGCACAUUUUCUUGAAGAUGUUUUAAAGCUGGAACAAACCUUCUUCUGUUGGUGCUUGAACUCUUGCCUGGGAAUAACUUUUUUAACCUUUUUAAAAACCCACUUUGAUUCUCCUCUCCCACCCCUUCUAGCCUCUUCUGUCUCCCUGACUCCCCCGCCCUGGCCUCCCCUCCCCUCUCUCCCGCUUAUUAUUAUUUUUAGUGUGCGCGUGUGGACGCUUUUGGAGAGUUGGAGGGCUUUUUUUUUCUCUCUCUCGACUUAGACAUAGAGUGACUUUGUAGUUUUAUUUUUUGCUGUGGAUUAUCGGUCGGACUGCGCAGGACUAGGUCCUCCGGAAAGCAGCCCGGGCCGCGGAGGCUGCGGGUGCACAAGGCUCGGCCCUGCAGGAGGGGUACCCCGCCCUCCUUCCCACUUUUUUUUUUGGCCGUCGUCCCCUUCCCUCCCUCUCUCUCUCCCUCUCUCUCUCUCCACUCCCCCUCUCUCUGCCCCACUCGGCUCCUCUCCCCCCUCGCGCCCACAGCGUUUGGUGUUGAUUCGAGCGGGAAGAGGGGGGUGGGUGGGAUCCGCGGGAAGACCAUGACCUCCAGCUACGGGCACGUUCUGGAGCGGCAACCGGCGCUGGGCGGCCGCUUGGACAGUCCGGGCAACCUCGACACCCUGCAGGCCAAAAAGAACUUCUCGGUCAGUCACCUGCUAGACCUGGAGGAGGCCGGGGACAUGGUGGCGGCGCAGGCGGACGAGAGCGUGGGCGAAGCGGGCUGGAGCCUGCUGGAGUCGCCGGGACUCACCAGCGGCAGCGACACCCCGCAGCAAGACAAUGACCAGAUGAACUCAGAGGAGAAGAAGAAGAGAAAGCAGCGGAGGAACAGGACGACCUUCAACAGCAGCCAGCUGCAGGCUUUGGAGCGCGUCUUUGAGCGGACGCACUACCCCGAUGCUUUUGUGCGAGAGGACCUGGCUCGCCGGGUGAACCUCACUGAGGCCAGAGUGCAGGUGUGGUUUCAGAACCGAAGAGCCAAGUUCCGCAGGAAUGAGAGAGCCAUGCUGGCCAACAAAAACGCCUCCCUCCUCAAGUCCUACUCAGGAGACGUGACUGCCGUGGAGCAGCCCAUCGUGCCCCGUCCUGCCCCGAGGCCCACCGACUAUCUCUCCUGGGGGACGGCCUCUCCGUACAGCGCCAUGGCCACUUACUCUGCCACAUGUGCCGACACUGGCCCUGCCCAGGGCAUCAGCAUGGCCAACAGCAUUGCAAACUUGAGACUGAAGGCCAAGGAGUAUAGUUUACAGAGGAGCCAGGUGCCAACAGUCAACUGAGGAAAACAUGACUAACAGGCCUGAGAAGAAACCAAACCUUAAGACACCCAUCCCGCUCUGCCGUUCCUUCAUCUGCUGAAAAAAAGUAAAAACAAAUAAACAAACAAAUAAACACACAAAAAACCAGCACUAAAUGUUGGGACCAUGGCAGAGCGAAGCAGGAGAGGAGCAGGAUGAAAAUUAGUUACGCGUUCCUCCUCCUCUGGGACAGCACUUCCACUUGUUUCUCUGUGUGUUUAUUUCGUUUUCCCUCCUAUUCACGCUCUGCUUCAUGUAUUCCGAGCUUCUUCACUUAGGCCCAGUCCACCCACCCCCAAGACUGUUGAGGCUUUUAAAACAUCCCAGCAGCCCAGGAAACCAAGUGCUCAGAGUGAUGGCCUCGCCUCACCAAGCUACCUGAGCCCGUGCUGCCCUGCCCUUUCCCCACUCCUCUGGGAGAAAGGCCAGGAGCUUUGGAAAAGCCCACAUGUUCCUGCAGAGUCUGUUCCAGACGUGAUUAUCUUUCUCCUUGUCUUCAUCUGUGUUGCUCGUGGUAAGGUUUUUCCAUCAGCUCCUGGGGGAAAGACAAAUAGUUGUGUACGAUAUCUGAUCACUAGCCUGUCUGGCUCGAUGUACUUGUCUGUGUCCGGCUAAGGCUAAGCUCCAAGCUGGAGAGCUGAGCACUGAGCUAUAGAGGCUGUGUCCCGGUCAGUAUCACCCCUCACCCCUGUCCAAGCCACCAGCCAUCCAAGUGAAAGAUAUUUGUUAUCUUUGCAUUAUUCACUGUCAUAGGCUUUUUGAUAGAAGAAAUAUUUUUCACUUGUGAGAGGAAGAGCCAUUUCUCUAGAAAAACAAAGACUGCACUGUGACAGGUCUGGUCUACAUCUCUUUGGUGCCUUAAGGGUUGUCUCAUGCACACUUAUAUAUAUACUGUAUAUAUUGAUAUAUUUUAUAUAUAUAUAAAAUAUUGCAAGCUGGAGUUUGCAGUUCCUCAAACACCACAGAAAGUAAAGUUCACAUCCUCAUCACAGUCCUUAUCGCUACAGUGACGAGACAUUAAUUAGGGAUCUCGCUUUUUUUCUUUCCUUUUUUUUACACAGGAUUCUCAUUAAGGCUGCAGAACAAUUGCUGGGGCAGCUGUUUGAGAACAGGUCUCAUUUCACAUUAGGGUCUUCAAUGAAUCAGAAACUGUUUGAGGCGGUCCAAAUGUCCUUUAGUGUGGAAUGCUGAUACCUCCUGAUCUGUCAUGGGCAUUACUCUGAGAGAGGAGCGAAAGCCAGUCACCUUCCCCUCUCCACUCAGCAGGGACCUGCAAGUGGAACACUGGAAGGAUUGUCUAAAUUUCAAAAAUUUAAAAUGCAAUUGUAGGCUAUUUUUAUUUUAUUUUAUUGUUUCAUAUUUUGAGAAGAAGUUUAGUGUCUACAGCUGGGAGCCAGGACUGAUCUUUCCUUGUCUCUUCCUCUUUGAUUACAGCCAUGCUUUUGUAACUUGCCAGGUGGACUCAACCAAACAGCAUUACCAUCAGUGCCUUAGUGUACCUGUUUAUAAAGUGGGUACGAUAUUUACCUACCUCACAGGGGUGUUGUGAGGCUCUAUUCAUUUCCUCCCCAAUUCUUCCCUGUGUUCUCUGUGGGUCCAGCACUUUGGACAUGGGAGGAAAGGGACCAUCAAAGUGUACCAUGUUAAUGGAAUGAUGCGGUACCUGAAAUCUUGUUUUCUGGCAAGGAAAGGCUACCUUGCUGUACAUCCUUAUAACCUUGCAUUUGCAAAUGAGAAAUAGGUUUAUAUUUUUGGAUCUCUCAAAAAUCACAUCAUUGACCAAAGAACAAUUUAAGUCAUGCAAAACAGACAUAUUUUAAACUUAUAUUCUUAAUCAGCUUGGUCUUAGUAAUUCUGGUUAUCAAUAGUUAAGAAAAACUGAUUUUAAACAACUAUACCAACUUUGUACUGUGAGUGACACACAAAGAAUUUUGGGUUUAGGAAGCAUUUCUAGCAUAUCAGUUUGAGCUAAUUCUGACAUUUUUCAAACUAGCAAUCACCAAUCUGAAAUACAUUUCAAAUGUCGAAAUAUACUUCUUUCAAUAAUAAGAAGGAAGUUCAUCCAAUGCAUUUUGCUUUGACCAGUGAAUUCUCUCUUCCUUUAACUUGCUACUAGAGCGUUUUGUACUGAAUGGCUCCUGUCGGCUGCCUGGGCAACGCACAUCAUGACACAAGAUCUCUGCUCAUUCUCUUGUCCCACUGGUUGCUGGGGAUUAUCGAGUUCCAGAGGAAUGUACAGCCUAAUAGACUGAACCCUUCUUCAGUUUGUGUCAUCAAAUAGAUGAGUGAACUUUGCGAGUUUGGGGUUUGGGAGGGUUGAAAGACGAUUUGGGUUAUAGGCAGGGGACAGAAAUUACACCUGAAAAAGUUUCGCUAAGAGGAGGAGAAUUUAAGAAGAGGGAGCAGAGAGAGAGAAGGACAUGUGAAAGUCAUCUGAACACUUCCAUCUAGAGACCUAUUUUCAGUGGCAAACAGAACCCAUAAACCCAAAUGGUGGGUGAAACGGGGUGCUUUUAUUUCAUGCCUUGGGCAAGCAAUGUCUGGGAACAUCAUAGAGUAACCAGUUCCUGUCGGUCACAGGAAGAUUCAUGGCUAGUGAACAGAUAUUGCGAUCAUCUGUUAUCUAAGCACCCGAUCAAGAAAUAUGCACAUAGUAAGUACCAGCACUCAGCUUUGUCCAUUUCAUACUGAUUUUUAAAAAAUCCAAGUUUGAUGUAUGAUUUGGAGGAGCCUCGGGGCCACAAACUGCAAGGCAGAUCCUGUUCCUUGCUAUCAUUAUGCCCAGACACAGAUGAAUACAGAGGAACUCUGUGUCCCCAACUCCUCCCCAAACAAGAUACUGAUGUGUAGGGUACUUGGCAGGUUAAAUUAAACCAGCAGCGGUGCCCUGAUCUAAAAGGGAAUGGCAUUUAGGUUAUAAAGAGCUCAUAAGAAAUGUAAUAUGUAAAUUAUAUCUGGCUUUGUGAUGUAAAAUAUACAUUGUUUGCACUAGAAUAGAAAUGAUUCCUUUUCAAUAAAAAGAAAAAAGGAUAUGGUAAGGUCUUGUUA